GCCAGCAGCACUGUUAGACCUGAGAAAGGCAAUGUGAAAGAUGUACGGGCAGCAGCGCAUCUUCCUGCUCAUCUACAUGGUGGCUGUUGCCAUCACUGUUUCUCUGGCUUUCAACAUUGAUCUGACAAAUCCUGAUGUCUAUACUGGUGAACAAACAGAUUUCUUUGGAUACAAAGUGCUUCAAUACAAUUCUGACACGACCAAAGGGAUAAUUGUUACUGCACCGUUGCAGCAAAACGGAUCAGGGGGAAUAUGCAAACUUGAACGAAACCAAUCCAUGAACUGCUUCAACCCCAAAGAAAUUUCUCGGACAAACACAAAAAUACCAGUCAAGCACCUUGGCCUGUCGGUAGCUGAAGACUUCAAACGCUCUGAAUUUACUGUUUGCAGUCCAAGUGUAGUCCAUGAAUGUUAUGAGAACUCCUAUGUGAACAGCGUGUGCUACAAAAUCACAGAUCAUCUCCAGGAAAUCUCUCAUUUCACACCUGCUUUCCAAGAAUGCACAAAAAAGACAGUGGACCUUGUUUUUCUGUUUGAUGGAUCAAAGAGUAUGACCGAAAAUGAGUUCAGCAAAAACAAAGAUUUCAUAGAAGAUAUAAUGAACAACCUUAAGAACUCAUCCAUCAAGUUUGCAGCAGUUCAGUUCUCCACAGACUACAGAAAAGUGUUUGACUUCAAUGACUAUCAAAACAAUACUCAUCUCCCUAAAUUGAAGGACGAACACCAAAUGAAGAGUCUCACCAACACACACAAAGCCCUCACAUUUGUGCUGAAAGAAAUCUUGGAAAGUCCAGAUGCCGGUGCUUCUCCUGAUGCUACCAAAGUUCUGGUUAUGAUCACAGAUGGAGAUCCCAGCGAUGGAGAUGUGUUUGGGAUUUUAAAAGAAUAUAAUGACAAAAACAUAAUUCGGUUUGUCAUUGUGGUCAAAGGUGCUACGCUGGACAAAUUCGAAGAAAUUGCUUCAAAACCAAGAGAAAAAUAUGCAUUCAAAAUUGAGGAAUAUGAUGGACUCACAACAAUUCUGGAAAACUUUCAAAAAAAGAUCUUUAGUAUGGAAGGCACCAAAGAGGCUCAGGCAGGAGACAUGACUGAUGAAAUGUCUCAGAGUGGAUUCAGUGCUGUCUUCUAUAAUGAGAGACUGAUUCUGGGUUCAGUGGGAUAUAACAGCUGGCGUGGUUCUCUUCAAGACAUUCAUGGAGAAGACAAAACACAAAUUGAGGAUCCACUCAUGGAGAUGGACUCCUACAUGGGAUACUCUAUAUCUGUUGGAAAGAAGAAUAACGCUGCUCUGUAUUUCACGGGUGCACCACGAUUUAACCACACAGGACAGAUCAUUCUUUUCAGACAAAAUGACAAGAAGUGGUACGCAGCACAAAAAAUUGAAGGGAAACAGAUUGGUUCCUACUUUGGUGCAGAGCUGUGCUCAGUUGAUGUCAACUCAGACGGUGACACUGAUUUCCUGCUGGUGGGAGCUCCACUGUUUUACCAGCCUCAAGAGAAGAAAGAAGGCCAAAUCGUCAUCUACACACUGACUAAUGAGAUGCAACUGAACAGUGAAUGGAAUGUGACUGCAUCAUUCUUGGGGAGAUUUGGCACAACCAUAUCCAGUCUUGCAGAUCUAAAUGGAGAUGGACUCAGAGACGUUGCUGUUGGAGCCCCCCUUGAGGACAAUAACAGUGGGGCUGUGUACAUCUACCUUGGUGACAGACAAAGAGGGAUACGCGAUACGUUCAGCCAGAGAAUCAUGGGACAGAAAAUAUAUCCUGGACUGAGAUUCUUUGGACAGUCAAUUGAUGGGGACAUUGACCUUGGAGAAGACGGACUCCCAGAUAUUGUGGUUGGAUCACAGGGCAAUGCUGUUGUCUUAAGGUCCAGGCCCGUCUUUAAUGUCAUGGUACAACUUUCUUUUACACCUGAGGAGAUAAGCACUGACAAAAUUGACUGCCUGGACAACAAAGAUGAACAUUUACCAAUGGUAACCUUAACAGCCUGCUUUGAAAUGGUAGAAACAACAAAAAGCAAUACAGCAGAAAUGAGCUCUGGACUAAACAUCUCAUGGACACUCAAUGUGGAUCCAAUGAGACAAACACCUCGAGGUUUCUUCAGUCCAUCCGACAAGAAGACUAGGAACCUUACCUCCACGCAGGAGCUGAGAGAAGAUACCUGCUUCAACUACUCCAUCUACAUGCCAAAAUGUGUAAAAGACACAUUAUCACCCAUCAGCAUCAAAUUAAACUUUUCCCAAGUUGACAGUGAGAGUGCAAGUGCCAUCUUGAAUAUGGACAGCAAAAGGCAGGCUGCUGUUGAGGUUCCAUUUGAAAAGCAUUGUAGAAAAAAUGACACCUGUAUUGCCGAACUUGAGGUGGAUUUCAACUUCACGAGCCCAACAUUAUUGGUGGUGGAAAAUAACUACUUCAACAUUUCUGUAACACUGUCCAAUCACGGUGAUGACUCAUACUACACCAGCCUAACAAUGCACUAUCCUCCAGGCCUCUCCUUCUCUAUGAUGGCUCUUAAGAAGGCAACAAGACCAACAGUCCAUAGCUGCAGAGAUCUACAAGAAAUACAUGACAGAAGUAUAUGUGAUGUGAGCCGUCCUGUGUUUCGCAGCAGAACAUCUGCAACAUUUCGAACUUCCUUCCGCGUCUUGAACAAUUAUGAGUGGAAUGACACAAUUUCAAUGACUGUUACUGGGAAAAGUGAUAAUGCAAACUCCACCAGGAUCUCUUCCAUGGCAAAAAGCAUCCCUGUACAGUAUCAAAUUAAAAUGGCAGUAACAGUGAAAGACGACCCUAUCACCUACAUAAACUUCACAGCUGAGGAUGCUGGACCUAAGAAAUUGGUUGCUAUAUAUAAGAUAGAUAAUCUUGGUUUCAAGGCUUUUCCAAUCAAUGUGUCCCUGUUCUUCCCAACUAAACUGGAGCAUAACUUUGAAAUGAUGAACUAUCAAGUCUAUGUCCAGCAGAACAAAACUGAAUGCACAGCCACAAAUGACAUGAAUUCUGAAUACUGCACGCCAGAAAAAUACUGCAGAGUCAUAGUGUGUGACAGUUUCAUCCUGGAGAAAGAAUCACCCACUGAGUUCACAUUGUCAGGAGACAUACAGUUCAAGGAUCUCAAACAGCAUGCAGCGAACAUAGCCUUCCUUAAAAGAUACACUGGAGACAGCGCAGAGGUUAAAUUCAAAAGCUUUAUACAAGUUGACUACGACAAGAAUCGAUAUUUGCUGGACUCUCAUAAACAACAGGUACGUAGACGUAUGACCACAGUAAUGCCAUUUCAAAGAUUUUGCUUUAUUGUUUUUCAGGAUACCAAAUUUAUUGUAUUUAUUAAACACAAAAUCAAUAUGUUUUUUACACAGCAGAAGUCUGGCAAUGAUCCAACAAUGAAAUGGACUGAAGUUCGGGUUGAGUUCAUUAUUCCCCCGAAUCAACUGCAGAUCAUUGCAACUGGAGCUGGAUUGGGAUUCUUGCUUUUGAUCAUAAUCGCCAUCAUCAUGUUUAAGUUGGGUUGCUUCAAGCGAAAAACACUUGAGUAUUAUCAAGAGAUGGAGGAGGAAGCUACUCUUCAGGCAGGCACCCCUACCAAGUCCACCACUGCCCCCACCCAGGGAGCAGACAGCCACUCAGAGACUGACAACAAGCCUGACCCACCGCCAGAGGAAAAAACUCUUCUUGAUGAUGGUGAGACAAAUGGCAGCAUCCAACCAGCUGAUCCAGAGAAGGGACUGAAUUAAAUGGAUAAACCAACCUAACUGCUUGUGUCCACAUAGCGUUUUUCUUUGGCAGAAACGGUUAGGGUGGGUGACACCACAAAAUUUGUUUUUGAUCUGAUAAUACAGGGCCAGAAUCGCCAGCAUCGAUAUCGAUACCAGUACAAUACUUUUUGUUAUUAAAAGUGGCACAUUUCUUUAUAUAUAGGGGAAAGCAGUUGUCAUGAUUUAUUAGGUGAAUAAUCAAUGUACUUAAAUAACAGCUAAUGAUGACCAAUUACAGUUUGAAAAUGUAACAUUAACCAAUGAUGAUGACUGGAUUUGAUUUAUAUAUUCAUUUCAUGACAAUAUACCGAGAUAUUCCUUUUUAUUUUAUUUCCCAUUCUUUUUUUUUUUUUUUUUUGUCACUGCUAUUAUUUGUUGGAUUUAAGUAGUCAGGCUCGGACAUACUCUCAUUGAAUGUCCACAAAACCGAUAUGGUUGCCCAGACCGCAUGGCUGCAUGCAUAGUACGAUUGCCAGAGCGCCUUGAAAAAAGAUGCUUGGCAUGACGAUUUUUCUCUAGGCGGUCGCAUGCAACAGCAUACGCUCUGUCCUCAGUGGGAAUAAUUCAAAAACAACUCUGGCGCUGAGAAAAAGAAUGCUAUGUGGACACAGGCCCUAAGUGGACUGACUGAAUUAUAAAGCAUGCAGCAUGCACAGGAGCACAAUACUAAUGAGUGACAUUGUUAAAGGUAUAGCUCCACAUUUUGAGAGUUACGCUUCUAUGCUUUCUUGUUUAGAGUUAGAUAGGAUUGAUACCACUCAGGAGAUAUUAGCUUAGCAUAAAGAUUGGAAACAGUGGAGCACUGUUAGCCCAGCUUUCUCUGAUUCUGACAAUCUUCACCUUCCUGCCGUCUCAAGCUCACUGAUUAACAUGUUAUAUCUUGUUUGUUUUAUCUGUACAAAAAAAAAAAAAAAAUAUAUAUAUAUAUAUAUGAGGACUUUUCAGCUUUCAGUUUUAGUUUUACAGGGGGUUGUGUGGCAGACUAUUUUUUGCAGAUUUUUUUUUUUUUUUUUUAAUAGAGCCAGGACAGCUGUAUCCCUUCAUCUUCCACUCUUUAUGCUAAGUUAGACUGUCUCCUAGCUCUAGGUUCAUAUCAACAAAGAGGGAAAUGUAGUUUGAUAAAGGCAAAAAAUUAACUCAGGGUCCAUUAUUUCAUUGUUAGCUUUUCUGAGCUAUGAAUGGCAUAUCUGUCCUCCUCAGCAGGUACUGUGUGCUCAGUUGGAGAUGACUUGGUCACGAGGUAACUGGUGGUCAGGUAUCAGGGGGAUGACCACCAGACCUGAUUAAUAUGAGUCCCCCCAUAUGUUGAAACAAUAUAUGUGCCCUUGUGUGGGAGUAAGAGAGUUUAACACUCAUGUAUACUGAACAAAAAUUUAAACACAACCUUUUAAAUCAAAUUGUCACCAAUGUGUUAAAAUCCGUGUCAGUGAACACUUCUCCUUUUCUAAGAUAAUCCAUCCACCUGACAGGUGUGGCAUACCAAGAUGCUGAUUAAACAGCAUCAUUACUACACAGGUGUGCCUUGGGAUGGUCACAAUAAAAAGACACUCCAAAAUGUGCAUCUUCACCUUGAAAAAAAGACAUUUAUUUGGAUUUUACAUAACUAAGUGCUACAAAAAUGCAGAUUUAGUAUCUGGUGUGACACCAUUUGCCUCAAACAGUGUGACACAUUUCCUUCAUACAGAGUCCUGUAGAAUGUUGGCCCACUCCUUUUUAGUGGCUGUGUGAAGUUGCUGGUUAUUGGCAGGAUUUGGAGCACACUGUUGUAGAAUAGAAGUGUUCACUAACACUGAUUUUAACAAAUUUGUGGCCAGAAUUUGAGAGAAAUAUUGAGUGCAUUCAAAAAAGUCUCAGAUCACAAACGUGUGAAAAGUGGUAGCAAACCAAAGUGUUGCAUUUAAAUUUUUGUUAAUACUGUAUAAAAUACUUUACCUGGGCAAGCUGGUGGCACUUGGAGGCAUGGUGAAUGGAGGUAGAGGGAUACUGUAAAUAGUGUUGAGAAUGCUGGAAGUGGGUGUUAAUAAUUGUACAUCUUUGAGAUCAAUUUUUGUGUACAUUUGCAGUAUUGUAAACAUAUAUUCACUGUAAUAUCGUGACCUUCCUUUGUUUGUAUGUACAUUUUAUUUUUAAUUAGCUCCCAUGUGUUGAAGAUAUUCUUGUGGGCGCAGUGUAUGUGUGAUUUAUGAACAUGUUUUAAGCUCUCUAUCAAUAAAACAUUUUGUCCGUCAGA